UUUUUUUUAAUUAAACAUACUUUACUUAAGUCGUCUUGCUAUUUAUUGAAAAUUAAUCAUUUGAUACCUGGUUGAUUAAUUUAUAGCCAGCAAUAUCUUAGUUUACUUAAAUCCAUGCAAAUAUAUUAUCGUAACUGGAAGAAAACCGAUACCUAAAAAAGUAAGUUAUUCAAAUAUUUCACGUAUAAAACCUGAAGUUUCGUUAUCUUUCAUUAAUUAUUUACAUUUCAUCAUUUAUAUAAUAUCUUAUAAUAUUACUGCUAAACGAGAUGAUAAGAGCUUAUCAUCUUGUUUAGCAGUAUAUUUUAGUUGGUCGUAUCGACGUGACGAUAAUAUAUUGCAUAUUUUAUUUUAAAUUUAAUUUUGCUACAUUCUUAAGAUGGAAAUUUCGUUCAAAGGAAAAAGGGUACUCGUUACCGGUGCUGGACAAGGAAUAGGGCGCCAGAUAGCAAUAGACUUAUGGAGAGCUGGAGCCAAAGUUGUUGCAAUCUCAAGAACAAGAUCUCAUUUGGAGUGUCUACAAAACGAAUACCCAUCAAUUGAUAUAGUGGAUUUAGAUAUUUCUGACUGGGAAAAAACCCGGGAAGUAAUCGAUAACCUGGGAAAUUUUGACGCAUUAGUUAACAAUGCUGGUGCGGCAAUACUAGAGCCAUUUCUGGAAUGUACUCCAGAUGUCUUUGACAGGCUCUUUAACAUUAAUGUUAAAUCUGUCAUUAACAUAAGUCAGAUUGUUUGCAAAAAUAUGAUAGAAAAUAAAACUGCUGGUGCUAUUGUUAAUGUAUCUUCGCAAGCGUCAAAGGCAGCUAUUAAAGACCUCACAAUAUACAGUGGAACGAAAGCAGCACUAGACGCAGUGACUCGUGCAAUGGCUCUGGAACUUGGACCUUAUGGUAUAAGAGUAAACGCUGUGAACCCAACAGUUAUUAUGACAGCUAUGGGCAGGCGAAGCUGGUCUGAUUCAGAAAAAGCAGAACUGCCCAUCGAUGGAGGAUUCUUGGCAACAUAAUUAUAUCAGUGAAUUAUUCUUAAAAAUAAAAAAUAUUAUAUA